AAUUAAUGUAUUCAAUUAGAAUAAUAAAUUAUGGUGGAAGGGGGAAUAAUACCAUUCUGAACCUAGCUUCAGUGGCCCAUCCAAAACACCAGCGUCUGCAGGGUCAUCAAUAUUUGGACUUAUAAUCAGCUAGGACUAAUAAAAGCUGUGCGCCCGAUAUUCGUGGGUGAAUAAAGAAGUGGAAAAGGGCAAAAUGAAGUCUAUUUCGUUUGCCAUCGUUGUUUUUUGUGCCUUAACAAUCGCACAGCAGACUAGGUCUUCGGAAAUCCUGGUCAUAUUCCCGACGACCGCCCAGAGUCAUUACCGUGUCGUCCGACCACUAAUCCACAGCUUAUUGGACCGCGGACACAAAGUAUUAGCGAUCACGAAUUUCCCGGAUGCUGUGGAAAGAGCCAAUUUAUCACACAUCGACAUUUCGGGAUUAAAACCACACUCGAAAUUCAAGACCAGCAAUAAUGGAAUAAUUAAAUCACUAAAGCGUGUAAUCGGAAACGCCAACACAUACGCGACUAUUCUCAAUCAUCCGACAGUUGCAAAACUCCUACAGUCCCGUCAAAAAUUCGACUUGGUGAUUGCCGAAUUUUUUACUCCUACACCGAUAUUUGCACCGAUCGCCACAGUUGUGGAUGCACCAAUUGUUGGAUUUUGUCCAAUGAUCACAUUUCCGUGGAUAAACGAGGUGAUGGGAAUGGAGACGACCAUGUCUUAUAUGCCUAGUCUUCUCAGUAACUCCACAGACCGUAUGUCAUUUUUCCAGCGAAUCUAUAAUACUGUGAAAUCGUUAUUCAUCGAAAUCGCGUUUAAUUGGAUGAACACCCCCAUGGUUCGGCAAAUUAAUAAAAACCAUUACGGGAUACAAACGGAAUCAGUAAUAAAAACGAUGGCUAACUUAAGCAUGAUUAUGACAAACAAUUAUCAUAGCAUGUUUUUACCCUUUCCCAAACUGCCCGGAAUCGUUGAGGUUGGUGGUAUUCAUGUAGUCGACGAAAAACCUGUUCCGCAAGACUUGAACGAUUUCAUAAAUGGUGCCGAACAUGGUGUGGUCUUAUUCAGUUUGGGCUCUGUCGUGUCGGAAGCAUCGUUGGCCGCUGAUAAACUGAAUAACAUACUCGAUGCAUUUUCGAAACUUAAACAAAGAGUCAUAAUGAAGUUUGAUGUUGAAAAAUACAAAAUACAGUUACCAGUGAAUGUAAAAGUAGUCAAAUGGUUUCCACAGCGAGAUCUUUUAGCGCUCCCAAAGGUAUUACUAUUUAUAUCACAUGCUGGUAUGAUGAGCACAAUCGAAACAAUACACUGUGGAAAACCAAUGGUAGCUAUACCGAUAUUCGGCGAUCAAAUGUUUAAUACAAAUUUGUUGGUUGAAAAACAAGUGGCUGUCGCUAUAGAAUACAAACAUUUAGAGAGAUUAUUAGGACACUUAUUUGUUGUAUUACAUUUUCAACUAUUUGUACCAGUAAAAACACCCAUAUCAUUGUAA